AUGCGCGUUCAAAUUGAUAUCCAAAAGGCGUAUGACACGGUUAGUUGGGCUUUUCUUGAGAAAAUUCUUUUUCAGUUUGGUUUUCAUAGGAAAAUGGUGAAGUGGAUAAUGGCUUGUGUUUCUACGGCUACGUAUUCAUUGAGUAUUAAUGGGAAUCUUCACGGGUUUUUCAAAGGGAGAAGGGGUCUUCGACAAGGGGACCCGAUGUCCCCUUAUCUGUUCACGCUUGUUAUGGAGGUGCUUACACUUCUUCUCCAAAAUCUGCUCGGUCUCAGCGCCUUCUCGGUUAGCAAGAUAAAAGUGGCGUUGGAGCAAUUUUCGAGUAUUUCUGGUUUGGUUCCGAGUUCUGCUAAAAGCACGGUUUUUUUUUGUAAUGUUCCUCUUCAGGUCAAGCAGGAUAUUCUCAACAUCAUGCCGUUUCAGCAAGGUUCGCUUCCUGUUCGUUAUCUAGGUGUGCCGUUGAUCACAUCCAGGUUAACCGCAGGGGCAUUGCAAGGCCGAGUUGUCAGCGAUUUAGAAAAGCGGAUGAGGCGUUUUCUGUGGAAUGCUGGUAAUGUUGGUACGGUUAAAGCAAAGGUGGCGUGGAAUGAUAUCUGUCUUCCUAAGUCGGAGGGUGGUUUAGGUAUUCGUCGUGUGGUGGAUCCGUUUUUGCAGCUUCAUGACCGUUUGGUUUGGAAGGAUUUGGAGGGUAAUAUUCGGCACUACAGUUCUCUAGAAGUGUGGCAUACCAUUCGCUUGCGGAAGGAAACUACUAAUUGGAGUGGCAUGCAUGAUCGUGAUUCGCGAGAUCACUUGUUCUUCUUGUGUAACUUUGCUGUUCAAGUAUGGAAUAACAUUAAAACAAUGGUGGACAUGGAUAUUGGUAAUCUUUCUUGGAGCUCGGUUACGGAUUGGAUGAACCAGUACUCAGAUUCGAGGAAAUUGGAGCAUGUGGUAGGGAAAUUGUGCUUGCUGCGUCGGCCUACUUCAUAUGGCAGGAACUUUAAAGGUCAACCUGAUCACAAGAAAGUUAUGGAAACGUGGCAGAUCCCGUCAAGGGCGCUGGAUGAAGACCCGGGAUAG